AACGUCAAAAAAUAACAAAAAAUCAAUCUUCAUCUCAGUUAUAAACAUGUGCGACACAUUUUUUAGUUAGAUCUGUUGUAAUUUAAUCACGUACGGAUUAACUAUUUAGUUUUAACAAGUACAAAUAGUUUGAAAGUGACAAAUGGUACCGAUCAAAGCUAAGACCGGGUCCCGCAAAACAGCAAAGACCAUUUCGGAAAAAGUCCACGAGCAGCUUGCUGUGAAAGCGAAUGCCGCUCCAUUGGAUGAUGACGAGGACGAGGACACCCGGCCGCGGUUCAGUGAAUUCGACGAAAACGAAGAUGAACUGGUGAGGAGUGCCAGUGGCCGGCUCAGUGAAAUCCGCAAGCAAAACAUUCGCUAUUUGGACGCUAUCGAUCGGAAGUACCAGGGUCAGAUUUCGACACGCGGUGAUGUGUAUGAGGAGAGUGACGAUGCCGAGCUGGAGGAGGCUUCGGGUGAAAGCGAUGUGAGUGAAGGUGGCCACCAACCAGGUGCUUUUGUGAAAUUGAGACCGUCAAGUAGCGUCGGUUCGGACGUCGAAUAUGAAGAUCAUGAUGAGGACGAAGAUGAUGACGAUCUUGAUGAAGACGAAGAUGAUGAAGAUCUUGAUGAGGAGGAAGAUGACGAUUACUCCCUGGGUGACUUCUUGGGAACAACCAGUAGCGAAUCGCAAAAGCUUCUUGAAGAUGAAAAUCGACAGGAAUCAGUUCAGAAAGGAAUUUGCGUACAGAACCAGUUAAAAAUGUGGGAACGGCUUUUGGAGAUGCGCAUAAAAAUGCAGAGCGGAUUAAUUACUUCGAAUUCUUUCCCACAUGCCGAUAAGUUCAAUCACUUCUAUCAGGAUGCAACAUUCCAGCAAGCUACAGAUAAAACUAUCAAAACCGUUGAAUCAACUCUAAGAAAUCUGUUGGAAAUGCAGGAUAUUUUAUUGCACAGUUUUCCAGAAUCCAAGAACGUCCUUUCAUCGAGUUCUAAGCGAAAGUUGAAAACGGAAUUCAAAUCGAACGUGGCAGGUAAAUUGGCUCGAUUAGACGAAUACGAAUCGGUUAUUGGCCAUUCGUAUCAAAGCUUCACACCGUAUCGCAAUGAAGUACUCCAAAAGUGGCAUGAUCGAACGAAAACCGCCUCUAGUAGCGUUAAAAAUGCGAACCAAACACUGAGCAUAGUCAAGAAAAUCGAAAAUGCACUACUCUCGAAGGAAGAAGUGGUUCGAAAAAGUCAACUUUACCGUGGUGGCUACAAACUGUUCGAAGAACCGACAAAAACGAAAAAUGUUUCAAUGGCAGAAGACGAUGCGGAGGAUGAUGCGAACCCCGCGCAGGUCUAUGAUGAAGAAAUUUACGACGAUUCCGAUUUCUACCACGCUCUGCUGCGGGAGCUUAUCGAGUACAAAUCCAGUACCGCAGAAAAUCCACAGGAGAUCGGUGCCAAGCUAGCUGAGCUGCAAAAGCUGCGCAACAAAAUGAAGAAACAGGUGGACACGCGGGCCUCUAAGGGACGCAAGAUUCGGUACGUUGUGCACAAGAAGCUGGUGAAUUUCACAGCGCCGGAUGAUAGCCACCAGUGGACUGAAGAAGCGAAAGAUGAGUUGUUCAGCUCCCUCUUCGGAAGAACAGGCAGCGAAUGAUACAUUUAGUAGGUAUAUAUUUUUGCAAUACUACAAAAUUGUCCCUUAA